AUGGGAACGGAGGCGGCGCCGUUAGGCAAGCGGGCCAAGCGGCGGCCUGCGGCGACGCUCUCUAUCGACGCCGGCGAGCCGCCGGAGAAGAGGAUGGAGAGGCUGAUAGAGGAGAGUCCGGUUGUGAUAUUUAGCCGGAGCUCGUGCUGCAUGUGCCACGUCAUGAAGAGGCUGCUCGCCUCCGUUGGGGUCCACCCCACCGUGAUCGAGUUGGAUGAAGAGGAGGAGCCGGCGGCGGCUCCGGUGGCGAUGAUGCCGGCGAUGUUCAUCGGCGGGGAGGCGAUAGGAGGGAUAGAGGGGCUUAUGGCUCUGCAUCUUAGUGGGCGGCUUGUUCCUAGGCUUCGGGAGGUGGGUGCGCUUUGUGGAUGAAGGUGUAAUGAUGGUCAAGGGUGUAAAAAUAUGCUUUGCUUGGUAGUGGGGGGAGUGGGGGUGGUUUGUAAAUAAAAUUAUAUGAUGUAAAAUUAAGAAAAAAAAAGGAAUGGUAUUACGUAAGACCACAAUAAUUGCAUGUUUUUUGACUUUUUUUCUCAACCGGUUUGCUGCAGUGGACCGGCCGGUUUUGGUUUGCUAGGCAAUAUAUCUAGGGUCUCUUCA